AUGGAGACCGAAGACCAGAGGAAGCAACAACCAUCAUUGCUCGGACCAAGGCUACCACCACUGUCGCACCGGAGUCGCCGCCGCUGCUCAACAACCGCCCGCACACCCUCCGCCUCUUCUCUCUUUCUUUGGUUUGAGCAAGUCCAAAUAAUAGAAGCUGAAGCAGCGACCAAUGUCGCGUUGGAGCACUGUUGCCGCCUCACGCUGCACGUCACCCUCACCCUGCGUCGCCUUGUCACCGUCCUGCCGUCCUCGCGCGCCUUGGCCAUCUUCUCGCCAACUCAUCGUCCCAAGCUGCUGUCUAGCUCGUGCAAGAGCCACCGAAGCUCCCUCCGACCACCUCCAACUACCGUGAAGCCCCACCUAGGUCCAAUUCAGCCCCUCCAUCCAUUUCCGACCCAAGCCGGCUCUGGAUCCACCUCCCUUCGCCCCCAACCAGCAACAUACAGAGAGUGCAGAAAUGGGUAUUGCAGGAAGCGUUUGGCCCAUUUUGGCUGUCUUCCCGAAUCCGGAUGCUCGGCCUGCUUUGAGGAAAGCCAAUCCUCAUGUCGAUCCCGUCUUUUUGGGACUCGGAUGAGGAGCCUAAGGAGGAGGAAUCCGAUGAGGAGAUCCUUGUUGAGGAACCCGAAGAGGAGUACGUGGAGGAGGACCCUGAGGAUGAUCCCGAGUACGACUCGGAUGAGGACUGAGAUCCUGUCCUGUCUUGUUAGACUUUGUCUGCAUGUGAAUAGAUAUUAGAUCGAGACUUAUGUAUAUAUUGUGACAUCCAC